UUUUUCUUUGAUUUCCAAUGGCAAAUGGUGUAAAGUUCAGAUUGAAACUUCUCAUUGAUGAGAAGAUAAACAAAGUUGUUUUGGCUGAGGCGGAGCAGGAUUUUGUUGAUGUGCUCCUCAGUCUUUUAACUCUCCCAAUGGGUAAAAUCGCUAGCUUGCUGGAGAAUCACAAGACAGAUCUAGAUUGUUAUAAAAACCUUAACAAAAGUGUCGCAGACAUGGACAUCGGUCAUUUUGAGACAGAAGCUUGCAAAAGCAUGUUGCUGUAUCCGGUGACUAGUAAGGAUAUCCAUCGCAAAAGGCUCAAACUCAACAUGGGUUAUACUCAUCCCACAGAGUUCUUUGUGUGCCCAAGUUUUUUCAGAACUGAUUCAUGCGGAAGCAGUGUAUACAGCAAUUUCAAGACGUCAAUAUGUAGCUGUGGAGCUUUGAUGAACGCUCCAAUCCAGGUAUCAGAAGAACAGCAAACGGCGGGAGAGGUGAUUGGAGAUGUUUCAGAUGGAGUGUUUGUAAAUUGCCGAUCCUCUUUCAUUGUCACUGAUGAUUUGAAGGUGACUUCGAACUCUAUUGGUGUAAUAAUGAACGGUCUUAAAGAUCUAGGGUACACUGGCUACAGUGAUCUGCAGGAAACCCUAGUUGAUGUAGGGUUCGAAGAGGUGGUGACUCUACUAGGAUGUUUAUUCACUUCAGAAGCUCCCUUGACAUGCACGUUUCUCAGAAAAACUUGCAUGACAAGUAAGAUGAUGCAUGAAAUGUUGUCUCCACCUGCGCUAAAAAACGGGGAGGCAAAUCCAGGAGGAGUGUGUUAUGUGAAAGCUUUUGUUAGAAAGGUCGAUAGGGAGAUUCUUUACGUCGAGUGCAAUGAAGACUUCGUUGACUCUCUUCUAAGCUUUCUGGUUCAGCCACUUGAGAUGGCUUGCUCAUUGUCUAAUGACAACACCAUUUUGGGAUGUGUUGGAAACUUGUGUAGAAGUCAGUGUAGAGGAGCUGCUUCCAAAAGUUGUUAUCUUCCUGGUUUCUAUAUUUGCAGUAACAACAAUCUGAUUGAUUAUGCUUACAAAUCAACGAGGUAUAGAUGUUGGAUUCCUCACGACGGUAACUUGUAA